CCUGCAUGUAUGUAUGCCUUCCCUGAUAUACCUCGAGAUAAGGCUCGCCGAGUCGCACACGCUUCGACUGUUUUCCGAGAUGUACUAUCGGCAGGAGGAUCCAUCGCAACUCAGGACAACGUGAGUAGGGAGAAGGAACCUGCAGAAGGCGAACCAACCGCCCUUGACGAGGGUGAAAAUCCUUCGGGCCUGGUGCCAGACGUACUGUCAGCCAAGUUCUUCGCUCUGGGAGCGCAAUUUGUCAUUCUCCAAAAUCUGUGCAACCAGGACUUGCGAUUUAAGAAAUUCUAUGACCUGGUCGGCUCUAGUGGGAAAGCUGGCUUGUCAGCAUUGCUUCUCGAACGGUGGUCUUCCAUCGUUAGUCUUGAGAGCUCCAAGAAAAACUAUGAUUGUGCUAUCAUGGCCCGACGGGCGAUGGGCCGCGUUGAAACGCCAGGGGCGUUGACAAAAACACCAGCUUGGACGAUCGAGCACACCACUUUCACAAAGGCGGAUUGGAUUGAUGGAGACGUUGUGUUCUUGGACGGGACUGUGUUCAAGUGCCUAGAUGAAGGCGUGCUUUUUCGCCGUUUUCAGGAACGACUAGGGGCUCUUCAAGCGGGUUCGUUUGUCGUGGUAUUCACGUUUUCCUCGGAGCAGCUCUUGAGCGGGGACUUCAAGUUGAUUUACAGCAACACGCAUAGGUACACUACCGCCGACGGGCGUGCCGGCGGGAGAUUCACGUCCUGGCUGUUCAAGACCCUGAUGCACAGCAAUGACCACCGAGUCGGGGUGCCCGAAUUCAAACCUGAUGGCAAUAGAAAUGGUUGUAGUGAAAGCAACCUUCAAGGCAGACAAGCUGCAGUAUUUGAAGAUGGUUCUGGGCUGGCACAUACGCGGAACUAG